CCCAGAUCAUUCUCUUCAACCGGCGCAGGGAAGGAGAGGUGGCAAGCAUGUCCUUAUCUGCGUUUUCAUCAAGAGACUCUUCUGAUCCACAUGAGGAUGUAGACUGGGCACUCUCCGAAGUGGAAAAAAAACUCUGCAGACACUUCUCAAGGAUUGUCAUCAGAGGAAAACGUGGUCGCCCUGUUCCAAUUCUUCUGACUCCAAAAAUGCUGGGUGCAUUAGAACUCCUUGUUCAGCAGAGAGAGGCCUGUGGGGUUCUAAAGGACAAUGGCUAUAUGUUUGCAAGACCUGAAGCUAUGACACAUUUCCGAGGUUCAGACAGCCUCCGUGGCUUUGCGAAGGUGUGUGGUGCAAAGUGUCCCAAGGCACUGACAUCUACCAAACUACGAAAGCAUGCUGCUACCCUUUCAACUGUGCUGAACAUGACAGACACAGAGAUGGACCAGCUGGCCAAUUUUCUUGGACAUGAUAUAAGAGUCCAUCGGGAGUUCUAUCGACUCCCUGAGAAGACCCUGCAACUGGCCAAGAUCAGCAAAGUUCUUAUGGCACUCGAGCAAGGAAGAUUAUCUGAGUUUCAUGGCAAAAACCUGGAUGAAAUUGGGAUAGAACCAGAUGAAAAAGUCCUGGACAGUGAUGAGGAAGACCCGAGCAUCCAAGAUGGAAACUGUCCCAGUGGUGAUGAAACAUCAGCUGAGGAGACAUUUCAUCCUACUGAGAGAAAUGAAAUGCCUUCACGACCAUCCAAAAGACGUGAACCACCACCAUCAGAUGAUGAGAUAUCUUCAGGA